AUGUCCGAGAUCGCCGAGAAAAGCUUGAAUGGAGAGGUACUGGAGCUCGACCCCAGCAGACUACCAUGGACUGAAUCCGAAGAACGACGAGUCCGUCGCAAAAUCGAUUUCAUCCUCCUGCCUAUCUUAGGCCUCGCCUUCUUCGCCCUGCAGCUCGACCGUGGCAACAUCAGCACGGUCCUGACCUCAACAAUCACCUCAGACCUCAACAUUACCACUAACAAGAUCAACGUCGGUUCCCAGCUGCUGUCCGCCGGGAUUGUGCUCACCGAACUUCCAUCCAACAUUUUACUGCAGAGGUUCGGCCCUAAAUGGUGGUUGUCGUUCCAGCUGCUCGCUUGGGGCCUCGUGGCCACCUUCCAGGCGUUUGUGUCCAACUACGCCUCGUUCCUCGCCACGCGACUACUCCUUGGCCUGUUAGAGGGCGGAUACAUCCCCGGGGCUCUGUUCUACCUGUCGACCUGGUACAAGAAGGAAGAGCUGAGCUCCCGCGUCACCCUGUUCUUCUUUGGCCAGAUGUUCUCCGCGGCCACCUCGAACCUGAUCUCCGCUGGCCUGUUGAAACUGGAUCAGUCGCACGGGCUGGCAGGGUGGCGGUGGGUGUUUCUUGUCGAAGGCCUCAUAACAGUCUCCAUCGACAUCAUCUUCCUCCUCCUCCUACCCACCAGCACAGCCAACACCCGUCCCCUCCUCAACUACCGCUCCCGCUGGAGCUACUUCACGCCCGACGAGCAAGAAAUCAUCCGACAGCGGUACGCGGCCGACGCACACAGCAACCCAACCGACGACAGCCGCGUCCGCAUCCGCGCGCGGGAUAUCUGGAUGACGGUGCGCAAGCCCACCAUCAUCCAACACUUUUUCUUCACGCUGGUGUCCAUGAGCGCGCUGUCCGGGCUGACCACCUACACCCCGACGCUCAUCAAAUCCUUCGGCUACGACGCCAUUCACGCCAACCUGCUGGCGUCCGUCCCGGUGUAUUGCAGCAUGGUGUUGACUUUUACGUUGGCGUAUCUGAGCGACCGCACCACCAAGCGCGGCCUCUUCGUCCUCCUCGCCAGCACCUGGAACCUCAUCGGCUACAUCUGCCUCCGCGAGAUGCCCGCCACCGCCAGCCGGCAGCGUAAGUACGGGACCAUCGUCGCGGCGAGCGUGGGGUACGCGGCUAUGCAUAUCCUCAAUGUCGCCUGGCUAGCAGUGACCUGCACCACGCCCCAAGAACGAAGUGUGGCUCUUGCCCUCGUCAUCAUGGCCGCCAAUCUCUCCGGGAUCAGCGGGGGCCAGAUCUUCCGGACGGGCGACGCGCCGCUCUACCGGCACGGGCUGACGGCUCUGUGUGCGCUGGCGGGCGCAGCGUGGGUGCAGGCGGUGGGGUUGAAUGUGUGGUAUUGGGCUGCGGGGAGGAAGAGUUCUGCACUAAAGAGGGGAGGGUAG